CGAUGAAACACGGUGAAGCAGCAGGAGGAGUCAAAGUCCUGGCCUGGCCUAGCCUGGCCUGGCAUGGAUGGCGCUGCCCACGGUGGUGGCAGAGCAGGGCCCUGGACAGGGAGGGGAACCACUUCCACAUGCCCUUUCCAGGUAGGCGAGAAUGUAAGCUCGGAGCUUGGGAGGCAGUUGUGUGGGGGCAUGAGGGAGGGACACAUCGUCGUCUCGCCGCUGCCCUCGCUGUCUGUGCGAGUCGUACGAGAACCACAUAUUUGGCGCUGCCGGGCUUCUCUCUGUCUGAUCCCUGUCUGACCACGCAUCUGCUGAGUGCCCCCGAGGUUGACUGGCCUGGACACGACUGCCAUAAUCAAAACCUUUCAAUCUCGUUAGAUUCAACUGAAAAAGAAUGUGAAAACAUCUCCUGUGGACAUCAUACGAAUCGCCGAACCCGGAGAAUUCCACCGAGCGUUCGCCAUGCUCAGUAUCAUCGAUGGAGGACGGAUUGCCACCGCAGGAGCCGAAACUCAAUUCGCCCGAUUGCAAGCGGCUCUCGAUCAGUGUGAAUGCGUCGGACCCUAAUUCCGCUUAGGACUCCGUGUUUGAAAGAAUAAUGCACCACCACUGUUGAGGUGGAGAUACCACACCCACACCCGGAGCACACUCGCACAUUUGAAGACGAGGAAGUCAUCCUUGAACAGUGGAACUGCGGGAGUCCAUAUUUUGAGCCGAUAAAUUUGCAUAAGCAAAGUGCUCUCGAUUUCUGAAGUGCGAACAUGGAGGUCGACGGCGGGAAGUCGAGUAACUCGAAACAGGUGAAAGAUACCAAGGGCCAGACGAACGAAAUGUACAAGAAGACCUACACGGGCGAGAUUGUUUUCUCCAGUCUCUGCAUCAUUCUGAUUGCGGGAGGAUGGGUCCCGAAGGAGGACAUCAUCUUCUCAAUCCUGACUACCCUUUACAUUUUCAUCAUGCAAAAAAAGGUGUUCACCGCAGUUACUCCCUACAUCAUCCCAGGAAUGUUCCCAGGGAAAGUUUUCGCCAUCUACCUGAGUACGAUGUCCGUGCUCGGACUGCUCUUUCCUCUGGUGUACCUCAUCGGAGCGUACAUUCUAGGUGACAUGACAGGGUUCGAGGCAGCCGUGCCUUCUAUUUUCCUCCUGCUCGUUCAGUGCCUCAGCGAGAAUUACACCUACACCAGAGUCUCCUUCUCUCUUCUCAUUCGAGUGUUGGUGCCGGUCAUGUACAACGCGAGGAGGAUAUUCACUCUCUGGACCUGGGCGCUUUACAUUUUCGGGGACGGUGUUGAUCCUGAGUUUUCAACAGGAUACUGGCUUCUGUGCGGACAGAUAUUGGCGGCUGUGAAUGUCAUAAUCUGGAACUACAAUCUCUGGUGUUUCUUGAUUCCCAUUUUCUUACCCGGAAGCAUGCGUGCGUACUAUAAGAUAGAGCAGGAGCAGCAGAGAAGCUAAAUUAGUGAAAGCCCGCCAGGUAUGUGUUUCAGGUAAUUGAAUGCUCUUGAUCGAGGUUCUCGUAGCUGCGCUAGUAUGUACAGGAAGUGCGCUACCAGAUUUCGGAUGAUCAGAGUCAAGUCUCACACGAAGAAACACGAUGCACUUCUUCGCUACGUUAACACCUGUGGGCUGCCCUGAGAACGUGCACAAUGUAUAAAUAGAGGUGAAGUUUUAGCAGGACUCUGGCCUGCAUCGGAAGCUUUUUGACCGAGUAGGACAUUCCACGGUUUCGUUUGUUUAUUCAUAAGCAUCCGUGGAGCACCUCCAAUGCAACGACGAGCGGAUUUAUCACUGUGAAAUAGCUGGUGUACGAAAGUCUGCUGGAUGCGAUGUAUAGUCUUGUAGAUAUGAAACCGACAGUAUUAGACUCAAAUAUGAUGGUGAUGGCCGGACGUCCUCGUAUGACGAGUGGGAUGAAUUAGCUGCCAUGUUUGAGUAAUCCCUCGGGUUCAUGGUGUUUGCUAAGCAUCUCGUGGUUGAGAUGUCAAGUCUGCUGUCAUGGUUGUAUGAGAGUGUUGUCGAUAGACUUCAGAUUGAUGGAGGUUCCCAUGCUACCACCCCCUUGUAAAUGAAGUCCCAACUGCUCGCUCCAACUGCUGCGAGCAAACCCCUAUGAGUUAAGGAGCGAGCGGACUCACACGCCGUUGCAUUGCUUGCAGUCGCCCAGUAGAGGAUUG